AUAUUGGAAAAUUCAGAGGUAAGCGUUGAUUUCAUUGAAAAUGUUGAAAAAACAUCAACCAUAACACAAAUUGUUCCUGACGUUCAAAUAUAUGUCUGAAUUUCAGCCACCAACUAGUGAAAAUGUGGCAGUCAAUGAAGCUAGUCAAACCACUAACCAACAGUCUGUACCUCCACUCCUGAGUGCAUUAAAACCCCAUCAACCUAAAUCAACUACAGUACAUUCUUCGACUUCCAGUCUACCCACUGGGUCACCACCAACUAUAGCUGCGUUACCUUCACCAAAAGUACCAUCUCUAUCAGAAAAGUCCUCAGUUUCCUCAACCACAACUCCUGCUCCACUUCGCCUGAUAGCUACACCUACUACACCUCCCAAUUCUCGAAAAUUCCCUAUAUCCCACACUACCACGCCAAGACCUCCUGUUACACCAGCCCGCCAUAUUGCACCAAUACCUAGCCAGUACUCUUUCCUCAGUACUCCCACACAUCACGUACACCCUUACGAUCCAUGUGCACGAUUUGUUCCGCCACCUAAGCCAGAUUUCAGGGCGCCUGGUAGAAGAGUCAGUGAAAUGAAAUGUUUCGAAUAUAUUUGGCAAAUGAAAAUGCGAAAUGAUAAAGCAGGGCAGGAAAACGAGUGUUUCGAAAUGAGGUCCAGAGGUAUGGCCCAUUACGUUGUAGGAGGUCACUUUACAUUUACGGGUGACUACCCUAACAUGGGCGCCAUCGGAUGGAAAGAGGUCAUUGGAACAUGGAAGUUCAUGUGUGGAUGUACACUUAUUAGUUCAAGAUUUGUGCUUACAGCUGCCCAUUGCUCUAAAGCAUCGUCAAGAGAUACCACCAUUGAAGACGUAAUACCGAAAAUAGUGAGACUGGGAGAUAAGAAUAUACAGGAUACAGAUGAUAACAGAUUUGAUGCAGACAUCAUCGAGAUUAUCAAUCAUCCUAAGUAUACGGCUCCAAAACAGUAUUUCGAUAUCGCCGUUAUGAAACUUGGAGAAGUGAUAGAAUUUAACAUGAACAUACAACCUGCUUGCUUAUGGACUAAGGAUAGUAUCACCAGGUACGGUGAUCAAGCCCAAGUUACUGGUUGGGGUGUUAUAGAGUCAGGCUCCCUGAAGACUUCACCAGAGCUCCAAGCUGCGACAGUGGACAUAAUUGACUUCCAUCAAUGUAACAAGCUGCUAAAGAAUUCUUGCAACAGGAACUGGUGUGGUCUUCAGCCUGAUCAGCUGUGUGCUGGCAAAAUGGGAGGAGGUGUUGAUGCUUGCCAGGGUGACUCCGGCGGUCCACUCCAAGUGAAAAUUCCACUUCCAAUCUUGAACCAAGGAACUAUGCACUAUGUGGUAGGUGUGACGUCAUUCGGCGUAGGCUGUGCGCUCCCAGGCUUACCAGGAGUGUAUACUAAGGUAGCUAAGUUCGUGGACUGGAUCGAGAGUGUCGUCUGGCCUGGAGUAAAUGCCACGGCUCCUGUGUAUGUACCUGAAGAAGAUUUGACGACGCCGAUGUCACCAAUAACUAAGCCGCCAGCGACGGCCAUACCGCCAACCACGCCAUCACCGCCAACGCCAAUGAAGUCGCCAACGCCAAUGAAAUCGCCAACGCCAAUGAAAUCGCCAACGACAAUGAAAUCGCCAACGACAACGAAAACGCCAGCAACUCCGAAACCGCCAACGAAGCCGGUCCCAUCAGUGACGGUGGCACCCACUACAACGAUAUCUCCUAUAAUAACCUUUAGAGAUUAAACCAGUUUACUCUAAAAUGAAAUGUUGAAUAACAACCAAAUAUUAUCAUAUGGAGAUUGAAGACUGAUUUGUAAAUAAAAUGUAAUAUUUCUAAGUAGUCGUUAAAAUAAACAAAAGAAGAUGGUUUGAUACGAGCUGUUCAUUUAUUUCUAACUGUACACAACAGUAACAAAAACAAGAAUUAGUUAAUGCCAGUUAUCUAUAAAAUAGGUGACAUCC